AUGGUGGACCUCAGGUGUACAUUGCUCAUGCGUGUAGGUGGUAGACUUGUCAGGGGUUUGCAGUCAGAAUACUUGAAUGGGGUUAUUGCCGAAACAAAGGUAGACCCAGAUUCCUUCAGCUUUUAUGAGUUGAUCGAUAUAAUUAGGCAAAUGGGGUACGGACUAACAGAUAGUAAUGGAGUAACGGAACAAGUAACUGUGUAUUAUAAACUUCCAAUGCAUAACAUGAAUGAUGGAUUAGUUAACUUGACAUCUUAUUAUGACAUCCUUGAAAUGUUUGCAGUGCAUUCUUCUGGUAAGAAGUAUAUGGUUAUUGAUCUAUAUGUUGAUUGUCCCAAUGUGGUAGAGUCUGACGAGGAUCGUGAGCCAAAGGUGGAGGUGAUAGGUAGAGAUAGAAAUACUAAUGCAGACCCUAGCUCCAUAACUGAAUUAGGAGGUGGUUUAGAAAUAGGAAAUGGUCAGGGGGGUGGUGAAUUACAAGGAAUUGAACACGUAGAAGAACCAGUUGUUGAUGAAGAGGGGGAGGGAGUAGGUAAUGAAUGUGUGACUGCAGAUGAAGACGGAGAAAGAGUAGGUGCUCAAAUGGAUGAGGAUAGUGAGUCAGACUGUGAGUGGCAGCCUAAUGAUGAUAGUGAAACUUCUUGUGACUCUUUUAGUGGGGUAGAGGAGUCUUCGGAUGAAGAGGAAGAGGAGAACAUAGCCUUGGUUGGUCUAGGUACCUAUAACCUUCAAACAGAAUGUGGUGAGAGGGAUUCUGAUAGUGAUGAAAACGAGUUGGUUGAGGAAGGUGAAGAUGGAAAGCUUGCUUUUUGUGAGUUUAAAGACUCUUGCAUGAAGAACCCCCAAUUAAUAGAAGGGAUGAAGUUUCCUAAUGUGAGGGUGUUUAGGAAAUUGUUGAGGGAAUAUCAUAUAAAGGAGGGGUACAAAUUUAAAUUCGUGAAGAAUGAAUCUACGAGGGUGACUGUCAAAUGUGCAUUUGAUUGUGGAUUUAGACUUCAUGCCUCUCCCAUGUAUGAUGAGAAAUCAUUCCAGAUAAAAAAUAUUUGGCAACAACAUACUUGUACUAUAAACUACACAAAUAAUAAUGCAACUUCUUCUUGGCUUUCCAAUAAGUACUUAGCCAAACUAAAUGAUGCACCGGAGACUAAGGUCAAAUCAAUGAAGAAUAUUGUGAGGAGGGAGUGGCUCAUUAAUGUUUCAGAGUAUAAGGUGUAUAGGGCAAAGAGAAAGACACUUGAAAAGAUUCGGGGAGAUCAUACUGAACAAUACAAAAGGUUGUGGGACUGUUGUGAGAUGGUGAGAAGGCGAAACCCAGGUCGCAUGGCUAAAAUUAAGGUGGACAGACCUUGUGAUGGACAAGUUCCAUGUUUUCAGAGGAUGUUCAUAAGUUAUGAUGCGCAGGUGAAGGGUUUCCUAGCAGGUUGCAGACCAAUCAUUGGAUUGGAUGCUUGUUUUCUGAAAAGUCCAUUUGGGGGUCAACUUAUGCAUGCAGUGGCAAGAGAUGGCAACAAUCAGAGCUUCCCUUUGGCCUUUGCUGUUGUGGAGUCAGAAACCAAAGAUGCUUGGAAUUGGUUCAAGGGAUUAUUGGAGGACUUAAUUGGGAAUCCAGAGUAA